AAAUCCACGCCAUAUUUUGUGACGUCAGGAAUGAAGUGAGAAAGUAGAAAACAGUUCAUGAGAUUGAGAGAAGCAAAUGAGUACGUUAAUGAAUUUUCCGGUGUGAUUUAGUUCCCAAGAUCGAUAAAAAUAUGCCACUGUUUGGUAAAAAGCAUGAAACGGACAAAAAACAUUCAACGGAUGUUAGAAAGAAAUAUGAUUUUAAGCGCACCCUGGGAACAGGUGCCUUCUCCGAGGUUGUGCUAGCGGAGGACAAAUCAGAGAGGGGGAAAUUAGUGGCCAUCAAAUGUAUAGAUCGAUGCGGAUUACUGGGGAAAGAGGAAUCGUUGGAGAAUGAAAUUCAAGUUCUUCGAAGACUUAGUCAUCCCAACAUUGUACAGCUGCUAGAUGUCUUUGACGACAAGGCCCAUGUGUAUCUUGUGAUGGAACUAGUGACAGGCGGUGAGUUAUUUGAUAGAAUAGUACAAAAAGGUAGCUACACUGAGAAGGAUGCCAGCAACCUCAUCAAGCAGGUUCUGGAGGGUGUGGACUACAUGCAUGAUCGGGGAGUGGUACACAGGGACCUCAAGCCAGAAAAUCUGUUAUACUACAGUCCGGACCCCGAUUCCAAAAUCAUGAUCAGUGACUUUGGUUUAUCAAAGACAGAGGAAUCUGGUACUAUGGCCACAGCCUGUGGGACACCGGGAUACGUAGCACCAGAAGUUCUAGCACAACAGCCUUAUGGGAAAGAGGUGGAUUGUUGGUCCAUAGGUGUUAUUUCAUACAUUUUAUUAUGUGGUUAUCCUCCAUUUUAUGACGAAAGUGAUGCAGCAUUGUUCCAACAGAUUCUCCGAGCCGAGUAUGAAUUUGAUUCUCCCUACUGGGAUGACAUCUCCGAAUCAGCAAAGGACUUUAUCCGACAUUUGAUGUGCAAGAAUCCGAAGCAGAGAUUUACUUGUAAGCAGUCGUUAGCCUACCCAUGGAUAUCUGGUAACACGGCAUUAGAGAAGAACAUUCAUGCCUCUGUCAGUGAACAAAUUCGUAAAAACUUUGCAAAAACCAAAUGGAAGCAAGCUUACAAUGCCACAGCUGUCAUCAGACAGAUGAAGAAGCUGGCCAUGAACAAGGAUGACCAGAGUCAACACACUGAGACAAAGUCUUAGACAGAGCGUGAUUGGUCCAUUAUGAGGUGUAUUCCAAACCCACACUUGUUGGACUUGAGGUCAGGUGUGCGUUUUUAUCAAGGGAUCUCAGUGAGGUCAUAAUCUUGAUAAUAAGGAGAGAUGAAAUGCCACCAAAUUUGUGCAAAAAUGGCCUAUUGUGGUAAACUUCUUGAAUUUUUUGCAAUUUUUUUUUAUUAUUAUUACAUUUCAAUUUUUAAAAAAUUUUGUUAAAGGUAGUUGAGCAUAUUUUUGUGUUAUUAGGGUAAUGUUUUAAAAAAUUUGAAAAAUCAAAAUAUGAUCUGACCAAAUCACAAUGUGUUAUAAAAAGUUCUGAUGAAAACCAGAUUUAGUUAAAAGUGGUUAUCAAAAAAUAAUGGAAAAUGCAGCUGAACAUCAAAUUUUCACUAUUCUUCAAAUGCAAGUUUCCUUUUCAAAAGCUUUAAAAAUUUAUGUAUUCAUAUGAUAUUUGAACCUUAUUAUUUUUUCUAUAGAAGUCUCGAAUUAAAGUAUUACUCCCUGGUAUUACCAAAGUAACAUAUAAAGUAGUUAGACAUUAUAUAUUUUUAGUUUUAAGACUUAUUGCAUAUGUACCAAAUAUCCCUGUGUUAUGGCCAUUUGACCUUUUUGCACUGCCCCAAUGGGUUUGGCACUUUGUUGCACAAAGGUGCAGAUGUUGUGGAAUCUGUAGAAUGGGUGCACAAUUUUUGUGCAGAGCUAUAUACUUAUAUACUAGAUGUUGUUCAGAAUGGUGUAUACUUUUUAACUACAGCCUGUAGUUGUUAAACAUUCCUUGUCAAUUGUUGUUGUCAUGACAUUUUACAAUUGUUGACAUUUUAUUUCUGUCUUUGAAUUUAAACCGCCAAAUCUGAGCUAUCAAGGGUGCAAAACAAAAAAUAAAUAAGGUCUCAACUUUUGACUUUUUGACCCUGAACUGUUCUAAUUAAGAUGAGCUAGAGGCUGGUUUGUCUCUGAGAACAGUAUACAAUGCCAAGGCUUCUGUAAUGUGUUACUGUGUUAUGCAAGUACAUGUAGAACAUUUGUUUCAUGCUAGCUAGUUGAUAUUUGUGUGUUCCUUCUAUUGCACUUUAAAUGUCUCAAUGCCAAACCUGUGUGAACACAGUUAUAAAUCUGUGUGACAGGCGCAACAGAAUUCUAUUAUGUAUUUUCUUAUUUUGUUUAAAGAAAUAAUUUGAUUGGAAGAAAUGAGUCUGAAAGUACAAUGUUGUUGAGUUUUUAGUGGGGGAAAAACUACAGAAUCUUUUUUUUUUUUUUUUCGUGUGUUUAGAAA